UAUGUCAAAUAAAGUGACAGAAAGUUUGCCGCCAAUUUUGUUUAUAUGUUAGUUGCAGAGAUAAAUAAUAAUGUCAGUAAACUCAUGAAGAAGUUUAUAUAUUUUUCUGAUUAUUUUUGUAAUUUAAAAUCAACUUUAGAAUAUGGAAGAUUCUGCUCAAGACAGAAGAACCAGUCGGAGGUCAAGAGCAGAUACUUCAUAUAAAGCAAAGGCCUUCGAAAAAUUCAAACAGCUUAAAAAGGGAGUAAAACACAAGUAUGAAGUUGAAGAAGUAGAUAACGUUUACGAAGUUGUCGAGGAGAAACAAUAUGUAAAAGAAGUUUUAUCCAGAUAUGAUGAUGAUUGGAUUGUAGAUGAUGAUGGUAGUGGAUAUGUGGAAGAUGGAAGGGACAUUUUUGAUGAUGAUUUGGAUAUAGAUUCGAUUGCCCAAGCUUCUGCCAAAGGAAAAGGAAUAAAAAGAAAAAGCAGGAACGUUUCAGAAAAUGCUGGAAAAGGAAAAAUUCAACAAAUGUUAUCCAACUUACCGACCAAAAAGAAAACUGAAACUAAAAUCGAUGAUGAUGAAAUGUUAUCAGAAAUUCUAGGAGAAAUUGAUUCAUCUCCUUCCACCAGUACUAUUCAGAAGCCGAAAAUAAAGGAAUAUUCAGCACUAGCAAAAAAAUUAGCAGCUAAAGACUAUAUGAAAAACUUCUCACAACCAACCAAAAAACGAGCAUUGGAAAGGACAGUUACAAAUUCGGAAGCAUCAAACUCUACAUUAAAAGAAGUUACCAAACCUGUCCUAAACAAGGAAUCUGAUCGAAACGUCUGCAAGGAGCAAAUAAUAACUAACCCGUUUAAAAAAAAUAAGACUGAUAUCCUAAAAGUUGAAAAGCUUCAAAGUGAAUGUGUCAAGAAAGCUGAAAUCGAGCAUCCAAAUGGAGUUAAUGAAGAUACAUCUUUUGAUGAUACUUUAACAAAUAUGGAUAUCGAAGAUGAUAAAACUUUACCUAAUACCGACAGCCAAAUCAUAGAGGUUGAUCAAUCUCAGGAAGGUUUCGAUGAUGAGUUUGACAUAACUCAAAUUGAAGAAUUUGAAUCUCAAAACGUUGCAGAAGCCAGUGAGAGAUUUAGUGAUGAGUUGCAGGCUGAGCUGGAGAGUGAAUGGGAAAAUUUCGUAAAUAAAACUAUUGAUACCGAAGAAAAAACAGAAGCCCUCUUGGAUAAAACCGACAUACCUUUAGUUGAAGUCAAUGGUAAAAAGGUUUUCAGAUUUUACUGGUGGGAUGCUUAUGAAGAUCCAUUUAAACAGAAAGGGACUGUUUUUUUAUUUGGCAGAACUUAUUCCGAAAAAACUAAUAGCUUCGUAAGCUGUUGUGUACCUGUGAGAAAUAUAGAUAGGAGACUUUAUGUACUUCCAAGACAAUAUGAAAUGGAUCGUACAGGUGUACUUGGCGACACACCCGUUACUUUCAAGAAAAUGUACGAAGAGUUCAAUGAUAGAAUAUUGAAACCAAUAGGUGUCACCACCUUCAGAACAAGAACAAUCAACAAAAAAUAUGCUUUUGAUCCGGAUAUACCAGUGGAGUCAGAAUAUAUGGAAGUUCGAUAUCCUGCAACAGAUCCAAAGAUCGAUAUUGAUAAAGUGUCUUCAAAUACUCGAACGUUUUCAAGAAUUUUUGGAGUCAAUACCAGUUUCCUGGAAAUUCUUUUUCUGGAAAGGAAAAUUAAAGGUCCUUGCUGGUUGGAUAUAUCGAAUCCAGUACCAGUUUCGAAUCCUUUGAGUUGGUGUCACUUUGAAGUGAAUUGUAUGAAAAUGUUCGAUUUGAAUUUGACAGUGGUGGAAAAACCGCUUGCACCACCUCCACUAAUAGUAGCGGCAAUCAAUAUCAGAACAUGUAUCAAUAGAAAAACGUGCAAUCAUGAAGUUGUUAUGAUAUCGUGCUUAACACAAAAGAAAUACGCUGUUGAUAAGCAACCACCUGAUCCACCUUUCCAACAACAUUUUUGCGUUAUUUCAUCACCUGCAGACCAGAUGUUACCAAUUAACAUACACGAUUCUCUAAAUAAGUACAAAGCAACAAAAGUACAAAAAAUGGAUUCUGAAAAGGGUUUAUUGAACUAUUUUGUUAACCAGUUUUCUACGAUCGAUCCAGAUCUUAUAGUAGGACACGACCUUCAAGGCUACCAAAUUAACAUCUUAGCAGACAGAUUAUCAAAAAUGAACACAAACAUUUUCAACAAAUUGGGACGUUUGAAAAGAUCGGAGAAGAAGAAUUUAGAAAAAAGUCUGUUUGCAGGAAGAUUAGUUUGUGAUAUAAAAAUAUCUGCCAAAGAAUUGAUCAAAUCUCGGUCUUAUGAUUUGGAUACACUUACUCAAGUUGUUUUGAAAUUAAACGAAAAUCAAAGAAUGGAGCUAGAACCUGACGAUAUUCCCAAAAUGUUCAAAACAUCUCAAGACGUACUCAAAUUAAUAUCAUUUACCAUGCAAGACACCAUGUACAUUCUCAAAAUUAUGUACAAUUUAAACGUCAUUCCAUUGGCGUUACAAAUCACUAAUAUCGCCGGUAACGUUAUGUCUAAAACCCUCAUGGGAGGCAGAUCGGAAAGAAACGAAUUUUUAUUAUUACAUGCGUUUUCAGAAAAAGGAUUUAUACUUCCAGAUAAAGAAUAUAAGACUAAAAGAGAUACUGCCAAAUCUUCAAAGAAAAAACCUACUUAUGCAGGAGGUUUGGUGUUGGAACCAAAAAUAGGUUUUUACGACAACCUCAUUUUGCUAAUGGACUUCAAUUCGUUGUAUCCCAGCAUCAUACAAGAAUAUAAUAUCUGUUUCACUACAUUGCCUGUUAGUGAUAACGACGAGAACCUGUUUUUACCAGACAGUAGUCUGCCUCCUGGUAUUUUACCAACAGAAAUUAGAAAAUUGGUGGAAAGUCGACGUCAGGUUAAAGAAUUGAUGAAAAAACCUGAUGUACCUAAUGACUUACGUAUGCAAUACGAUAUUAGACAAAUGGCUUUGAAAUUAACAGCUAACAGUAUGUAUGGUUGUUUGGGUUUUUCAAAUUCGAGAUUCUACGCCAAAAAUUUAGCCGCUCUAGUUACACAAAAAGGUAGAGAAAUAUUGACGAAUACCAGGGAUAUGAUACAAAAAAUGAAUUACAAUGUUGUGUACGGAGACACAGAUAGUAUUAUGAUCAACACUAAUAUUUUAGAUUACGAUCAGGUAUUCAAAAUCGGUUUGAAAAUCAAACAAGAAGUCAAUAAAUUGUACAAACAAAUUGAACUCGAUAUAGACGGCGUAUUCAAAUAUUUACUACUUUUGAAGAAGAAGAAGUACGCGGCGGUGUCGCUAUCGAAAGAUAAAAAUGGUAAAUUGGUUGCUGUCAAAGAAUAUAAAGGAUUAGACAUUGUUAGAAGAGAUUGGUCGCAACUUUCUUCCGAAGCUGGAAAGUUCAUUUUACAGCAGAUCCUCAGCGACCAGACAGCUGACGAAAGGAUAGAAAACAUACAUGAGUAUUUGAGGAAAAUACGAGAAGAUUUACUACAGGGUAAAGUGCCUAUUCCACUACUUGUGAUAACAAAACAAUUAACCAAAGAACCUCACAUGUAUCCAGACAAAAACAGUUUACCUCACGUUCAAGUAGCUCUACGAUACAAUGAAAAAAGUGGUGGGCAUUUAAGGGCCGGAGACACUGUACCUUAUAUAAUUUGUGAAGAUGGAACUUCCAAUACUGCAGUUCAGAGAGCAUACCACGUAGAUGAACUUAAAAGUAAUCCUGACUUGAAGUUUGAUGCACAGUAUUAUUUAGCUCAACAAAUUCAUCCAGUUGUAACGAGAAUAUGCGAACCGAUAGAAGGUACGGACUCUUAUGAUUUAGCCGAAUGUUUAGGUCUUGAUUUGAAACAUAUUAAACGACCUAAUAAGGUUACGAACGAAAUUGUAGGAGAAAAUAUAACAAGACCCGAAAUCAAGUUCCGAAACGUGGAAAAAUUCAAGUUUAUAUGCUACAAUUGUAAACAAGAAAAUACAGUGAAAGGUCCUCUGGAAGGAAAAGUACCGUUUCUGAUUAAAUGUAUAAAUCCAGAUUGUACAAUGAAGCCAAUCGAUUAUUUACCAUAUAUACAGAAUCAGUUAACAUUAUCAAUUCAAUAUUUUAUCAACAAAUAUUAUGAAAAUGUGUUAACUUGCGAAGAUCCAGCUUGUUCAAACGAAACGAAUCGAUUGCCUCUUUGGUUCGUUGGAAAGUAUCCAGUUUGUACAUUGUGCCAAAAAGGAGUUAUGUUCAGAUUAUAUACAGAACAACAAUUGUACACUCAAUUAGCUUACUUUCAAUAUAUAUUCGAUUUAAGUAAAGUUAGUUCCAAACCUCUUAUGGAAGAAGAAAUUGAAAAGGGCUAUUUUCAACUACAAGAAGUUGUUGAGAAAUAUCUUAAUCAUUCCGGAUAUUCCAUCAUUAAUCUCACAGAACUUUUUGAAAUGUUGAAUCCUUAUAAAAUGGAUAUCAACCGUCAGAUUUCGAGGAUACCAGAAGAUACACAUUAUUUUGAAGAGGAAAUGGUUAGUGAUGAUGAUAUGUAAAUACUGUAAAUUCAACAUAUUAAUGUGAGGAAAAUUAAUAGGAAUAACUUGAUUAUUGUUCAAAUAGAAUAAAUAAUUUUAAACAUUUGUUAUUCAUUUUGAUAAUUGAUGUUUGUGAUACCAGGUAUAGAUUCACAAAAAAUUGUAGUUUUUUUGUUCACUGUAGAAUAAAUUUUAUUUAUAUUUU